CACAACGUGGACAUCUUUAUGUGAUGAAGGUGCACUUCUGAGCGUAAAGUCAGAACUUCCUUCCUGUCUUCGGCUCGGUUCAGUCGAUGCACAAGCUGCGGGGUUUGAGCGCUUUGGUGGUUUGGGGGAGAGGAUUAUCGUUUCCUGUUGUCUGCGCCAAACCAGAGCGCCUCUGCUUGUUUGUUUGAUGUCUGACUCGUAAAGGGCGAUGCCGAUCUCGUCCUCACCUGAAAGUUGCGCACGAAAUGGCAUCGCCGAAGGCUCUGCUGGAGUGGUGCCGCGCCACAUGCGCCCCUUACCCUGGUGUGGAGAUAAAGAACACGUCAAGCUCGUUCAGGGAUGGGCUGGCGUUCUGUGCCAUCAUCCACAAGCACCGACCCGACCUGAUAGAUUUCAGUUCUCUCUCCAGGGAAAAUGUUUACCAAAACAACAAGCUGGCUUUCGAGACUGCAGACGCCAAGCUGGGAAUCCCUCCUCUGCUGGACCCAAAGGACAUGGUUUCCCCCAACGUGCCUGAUUUUCUGAGUGUCAUCACCUACAUUUCUCACUACUACAACUUCUUCAGUGGAAGGUGUCAUGGUCCCUCCAGACCGCGGUCAUCACAUGUGUUAAACAUCACAAAGGUUCAGAAAACGCUGAAAAGCCAAAAGAGCCUGACUGAUCCAGAAACCAGCGCGGAAGACGGCUACGCCAACUCAAGGACCAGGGCCGUGUGUCAUUUAUGUUUUAAGCCAGUUCACCUCAUCCAGAGACAUCUGAUCGAUGGGAAGGUUUACCACCGCAGCUGUUUCAGGUGCACAGUGUGCCGCUGUGUCCUCCUACCGGGUUCUUACACUCAAGGAAGCGACACGACAUCCCUCAUCUGCUCUCAUCAUGCAGCAGACAGAAAAGCUGCUGGUGCUGACGGCAUCCAGCGUUUGAGAUGUGCUGAGAAUCAGCCUGAGCGCCCCAUGCAGACAGGUUUCUACUCUCUGAGUGGAUUGGCUAUCUGCAGCGUGCCCCGUUACACUCAGAGAGCAGGACUCGUUUCCAAAACACAGCAAACAGAGGAGACAGAGAGGCCAAGGGGGAACAACAGAGAAAGCGUCCCUGUUGAAGAUCCUCGUCCUCCGAAGCCCUGCGACUUGGAGCCGACUGUCAGGGCAGAAGACAGAAACAGGCCUGAAGUCGCUGCGGUAAACGGCAAGGGACAAAAGACAGCAUCGAAGACCUCUGAGCUCUCCUUAAGCUCCAAACAAGAGACGGGGGGAAGUGCAUAUCCUGUCCCAGCUCCCAGGAGAAGCGGGGACUCCUAUGUGGUUCCUGUUCCUGCACCCAGGUCCAGAACCGCUCAAACAAUGAGCGGUUCCCCCGCCGCAGAAGCCCCGAGUGAACCUUCACCUCAUCCUUCUCACAUCUCAAGCCCUAAAGUGAGAAGCAACCAUCCUUGGAUGACCAUCGUGCAUCCUGGACCCUGGACUCUGCUGCCUCCUGUUCCACCUCCAAUACCUCUACCUCGGUCCAAAUCCGUCUCUAAUCCACCGACACCAUGGAACAAACCCAGAUUUUCUCCUCCUAAUCCAUUCGACGAAAAGGAGGAGGCUGAUGAAGUUCUGCAGGAAGCUCCUGAACACGAGUCACCCAAUCAGACGAGGCCUUCUGAGCCUGCUGUUAUUCCGGAGAAGAGUGACAUCGCUCGUGUUGAUGUUGAUGAAGAAAAAACAGCCAGAGAGUCCGAACAGAAUACAGGUGAAAGACAGGAUGGACAGAGUCCCAGGGGACAUGUCAAAAAGGAAGAUGAUGGUGGAGAAGUGGACCCUGCUAUGGGAGGGACUCCUGACAGUAACUCAGGAGGAAGUGGCGGAGAACCUACGGAUGGUAGUCAGACUGGCUCAUCAGAUGCAACAGAAGCAGCGGCAGCAGAACCGAGGUUCUCCUCAGCACAGAGCUCCAUUUUACCCAGAAGUCUGUCGGUGCCAGCUAUCCCAUCGGAGCGCUCUGAAACCAGCUCUGUGCUUUCAGAGUUACACGAGGCCAGUCUAUCCGUCUCGUCGUCUGAAAAUAAGUCUACUUGCACAAAAAAUCAUUUCGCUCAACAACCGGAAAUGUCCAGGUCACAGACGGUCCAGAACCUGUCGUCCACUCGGGGGCCUGCUCCCGGACAUGGUUUCCCUCUCAUCAGGAGGCAGGUGCGGACAGACCAGGGCGCUUCCACAGAGGAUCUGCACGUGCAGAUGAGGGACUUGGAUGGACGUCUGGAAGUCCUGGAAAAACGAGGAGUGGAACUGGAGAGGAGUAUUCGAGACUCCAAGACGGGUAAAGAAGAACAGAUGCUGACGGAGUGGUUCACUCUUAUCCGCGAGCAACAUGCUCUGCUGUGCAAAAAUAAAGAGCUGUUCUAUCUAACGAAACAGCAAAUGUUAGAGGACAGACAAGCAGACGUGGAGUACGAUCUCAGAUGUCUUCUCAAUAAACCUGAGAAAGACUGGAGUGAGGAGGACCGAGGCCGAGAGGAGCGGCUGAUGGCUGAGCUGGUGACCAUCAUUGAACAGAGGAACCAGAUCAUUAGCAUCUUAGAUCAGGACAGAGAAAGAGAUGGAGACAUUGAAAGCACAAGGAACAAGGGCUUUCAGAAGGAGGGGCUGAAAGAGCUGAAGAAGUCUAAAGGAAAGCUCAAGGCUUCAAAAGUCUUUAAAAUGCUGAACCACAAAACGGAGAGCAGCAAGGAGCCGGUGGAGAAAAAGAGCUGAAACAGCGGCCCCCCAACAAUAAUAACCCAUGUUCCAAUGACGCUCAUCUCAAGUUCGAUAUAACAACAUGCAACAUCAGUAUGCUAAAUAUACCGAAUGUAUUCAAACUUUUAUUAGUAAAAGACCAAAUUUGUUCUUAGUCACUAACCCAUUUAAUCAGGAUUUUUUGCACCCAUUGAAGAACAUUGUUUUCUCAUUGUUUUGCACCUUGCUUUUUUUAAUUACUUAGUGUGUAGCAAUUAAAUCCAGUUGAAUCCAAAUGAUCCAAACAGAAUAUCUGUCCCACCUUUGAAUCCCGUUUAUAGAACUGAUGGUGUUAUUCCAUGUGUCUUUCUUCAGUCCUCAAACAUGAUCAGUACAGUAAUAUUUGGAUUCACUAAUGUUUUGACUUUGUUUGAUUGGCUUCAUAAAUGCUCUUUAUCUGCUGCUUCACAUUUCAUACCAGACUUUUUUGGGCCCAGUUCAAUGUUAUGAUCCAGUGUUUUCUCAUGUGUAUUCCUUCAUGGAAUAUAUACAAUGAUAAAUAUAAAUAAUUUUUUUACAUUGUUGGUGUUUGAUGGUGUGUUGAAAUAUAUCAUAAGAUUUGGAGAAAGAUUAAUGCUGAAAGCCCUCGUUAUAAUUAUAUCCUUUAUCUCUCAA